AUUAACAUGUAUAACAUGAUGGUGCUUAUAUUUUAUUUUAUUGUGCUCGUUGUUUUAAGGUCAACUCCGGCAUACUCUAGUCCUACCAAGAUAUGGAUUCCUGGUAGGACCAAUCCGGCCGGUGACGAGCAAAUUGAUCACACUCAAUACUUGUCCAACGAGUGUCGUUGUUUCAAUAGAAAAAAGUUUUUAAAUGAAAAGUCUUCGGAUGUUGUUUUAGUUGUAGAUAAUGAACGAUUCCCCGCCCAUCGUGCUGUGUUAGCCUCACGCAGUGAAUAUUUCGGGUAA